AUGGGUUUGAACAAGUCCACGUCUGUGGUCGGACGGGUUACCUCGUCAAAGCUACCCUUCUAUCACAUGGAUACACUGCAUGGAUACACUGUGGUCAUUAAAGCUACCACAGUGGAGAAGCAGCAUCGCCUUCAAAGGGAGGCGAACAAUUAUCGUCACCUCAGGAGCUUGCAAGGAAAUCAGAUCCCCGUCUGUCUUGGAUCCUUUCAGCCACGGGUCCCGUAUUGGUACCAUGGUGAAUUAAUGGUUCAGAUGAUGGUCUUGAGCUGGUCAGGAACGCGACUUCAGCAUAUGAUUAAUGACGAGAAUUCCAGUUUCUUCAAUCAGGAGCGCAAGAAAGCUCUGACCGUGCUCCGGUCGCACGGAAUUGCGCACAACGACAGUGAGUGGCGCAAUAUGUUGUGGGAUGACCUCGGUGGCCAGUUAAUUGUCAUUGACUUGGAGGAUGUGAAAUGGUUGAAGCGCCGUCGGGUUCUUGAAUUAACUUCUGGCAAUACCUGGCGUGGUCGUCACGUCGGCGGGGGGAAAGCAAGCAAAAGCUCUUGUCUAGCUCGACAGUUGCCUGCAUAUGACGACCGUCAGACCACAGACCACAGCGUUAGUCGGCUCGGUUGA